AUGUCCUCUGAAGGUGAAGACAACAAGGACAAAAAGGUGGAGGCAGAAGGGACCGAAGCGAACAAGGACCAAGAUGACAGCGCUGCUAACGGGACGCCGCUGCCCAGGACCACUUCGUCAGAAGGAGAAGAACAAAAGAACGACAAAGAGUCUGAGAACUCGCCGCCUGAUGUUGAUGAAGACGACAAGGCAGAUGCACCUGAACUCAAGGAGCAAACCAAUGACGACAAAGAGGAAACAGAGCCUGACGAAUCCUCCAGCCGGAAGAAAAGGAAGCGCAUGGAGGAUGAUGAUUCCUCCAGCCGCACUAAGAGGAAACUGAUGGCGGAGGAGGUAAAACUCAAACGACAGAGACUCGAGCUACGAAAAGAGAAGAUGCUUCUUUUGGAAGAGGAACUCAAAGUCAAAGAAAUGGAAUUGGAGCUGACGCAACAACAAGAAGGCAGUGAACACCCGGAAGAUGAAGAAGAAGUAGCUGAUCAGCCAGAGACUGAAGAAGCAGCCGACCAGGCGGAGACGGAAGAGGCAACCGACCAGCCGGAGACUGAAGAAGCAACCGACCAGCCGGAGACUCGGGACGGGGGAACUGAAGAACCAGAGGGUGCUGACCCUCCGGAAGGAGAGAAAAUUGAUUUGGAUGAGAUUAGUAUUCAUACUACCCCAGCAGCAGAGGCUGAAGCAGCUUUAGAGAAAGCAGGCACAGAGAAAGAAACGGCUACAGAGACCGAAGCAGCGACCGCAACAGCUACAGAGACUGAGGCAGCUACGGAAACAGAAGCUGCUGCAGAGACAGAACAAUCAGCCGCUGUUCCAGCUGCAGUGGAAGUCGAGACAACAGCAGGGGGGGAUCAGGUUGAAACAGCACCGAUCCCUGAAACAAUGACCAACGAGAGGCCCCUGCAUCAAGUUCUUGCAAAAUUGAAGCUUCUGCAAAAGCAAAUCGAGAAGGAAUCACGUGACAGGGAACGAUCCAAUCUUGCGAUGAGAGACUUCAUUCAAGUGGAAUUGACAAAAAUGUGCAGCGUCAUUGCAAUGAGGAGCAUGCCACCUCAAGCCUUCAUAGCUCCUGCUCCGGCACCCCCACCACCACCCGUGAUUCAGACUCUGCCGCAUCAUCAUUUGGCGGCCGCAGCACAGCAAAUGAUGGUGAACACAGCAGCAGCAGCAACGCAGCAAAUGAUCAACAAUACAGUGGUGGCCAAUAUGAUGGCGAGCAACAAAAACAGUGCGAGAAAGAGCGUUCCAUCAAGGCCCCCAAAAAGUGUAAACUCGAGCAAAGCGAACGCCGCCAAUGAUAGGCGACCCCGUAGGUUUUCCAAGUACAGAACCAUUGCGUCUGCGUGGCAAGAAUGGAUGUAUGGGUUAGGAGGCAAUUUACCAGUGAAGGAUUGGACCGAAGAGGACCGACGCAAAGAAAAGGGAGCAUGGUGGAGGAAGAAGCCGCUUUUUGAGCUCAUGGCGAAAUUGGUGUACUCAGGCAGAGAUCCCAAUGAUGUUGUCAAAUGCAUCGAUGACCAUUAUGGGCCAGUGACAUCCGUUGGGCUAGUCUGUGAUAGGAUCCGAAAGGACGUGAAGGAUGGGACUCUUCCUCGCAAUCUCAGGCUUGGCGGCAAAAAAUAG